AUGGCCGACUACAACUCCCUCUACCAGCAUAGUCUUUAUCUGUCCCCAGAUCAGCAAGAUCUGCUCCUGGCUGCACUGUCCUCCAACAAUCCUUCGCAGAAACAGCAGAACAAUUCUCAUCCACCAAAUCCCAAGACAGACCCCGAGUCUACCCCUGGUACCACAGGUAGUUACAAUAUGAGCCCUGCGUUUGACCCCUCCCAGCCCCAUUCGGGUGGCCUGGGGUAUGGAGAUGAUGAAAGUCCGUUCUUGGACUUCAACCCUGAGCUCGACUUUGACUUCCAGGGUUCCGAGAACCUGAUCGGGGAUCUUCCCGAGAGCCUACAGGCGUCGGAAGAACCCGAGCCGGGGGACAAGAGAAAGGACAUGGACGAGCCCGUGGAUGAGAAUGAAGGUUCGGGAAAGAAGCGAAGAGAAAGUGAUGAGAAGGCGGCCAAAAAGCCGGGAAGGAAGCCCCUGACUUCCGAGCCAACCUCCAAGCGGAAGGCACAGAACCGGGCCGCUCAGCGAGCCUUCCGUGAGCGCAAGGAGAAACAUCUGAAGGAUCUGGAAACCAAGGUGGACGAGUUGCAGGCGGCAUCUGACAACGCAAAUCAGGAGAAUGGCUUGCUACGCGCCCAGAUUGAACGUUUGCAGGUCGAAUUGCGGGAAUAUCGCAAGCGUCUCUCUUGGAUGACUACCGGAAAUGGGGUUUCCGCCAUGAGUGCAAUCCCCGGGGCCUAUUCCAAGGGGGCGUACGGCCUGCAGAACAACGACUUCAUGUUUGACUUUCCCAAGUUUGGGGAUCUUCCGGGCUCACACAUCUUUAACAACGGCCAAUUGACAAAGACGCAGCAGAAUACCAAGGGGGAGCAACCAUCAGCAACGCCGCGUAAUGAGUCACGCGUACCUGGCGUUGUGAGCCGCCCUCAGUCUACUGCAGCAGGCAGGACGUCCAACGCCAUGUCACAGCAAGGAUCCACGCCCGCGUCCCUGAGGAACACCCCGAAGGUGUCAAUUUACUCCAGCACUAGCCAGUCUGGCUCCACGCAUGAUUCCUCCAGCACGGAUUCGCCAUCGUCAUCGUCUGAUUCCCACCAGAGCCAGUGUGUCUCGUCCAAUGGCACCUCCCCGGAACCGAGCAUCAAUUCUCCCGCUAUCAAGGCUCACAACCAUGGUUCCCAUGAUAGCUGCACUUACACCACCAUCAAUGGUGAGGAAUCCUUCUGCGCGCAACUUGGCAUGGCCUGCGGCAAUAUCAAUAACCCCAUUCCAGCUGUCAGACAUAACAGCCAAAGCGCUUCCAACACUCCUAGCCAGGAUACUACACAUGAGGAUGUUUCCGGACUUGAUGUGCUAGCUCAGCAGAACGGAGGCCAGUUUGACCCCGUACUCUUCGGAGAUUGGCGUGAACCUCAAGAUGCGAUCCUGUCCCAGGACUUCGGAACCUUCUUUGACGAUGCGUUCCCGCUACCCGAUCUGGGAAGCCCAUCGCACAACCUCACGGAAGCGGCUACCCAACAAGCACCCAAGAAGGACCUGAUCGCCGAGAUCGACAGCAAGCUAGAUGAGGAAGUGGUUCCUGGAGAAGACAAAGCCAAGAUGCUGAGUUGCACUAAGAUAUGGGAUCGUCUGCAAUCCAUGGAGAAGUUCCGCAACGGUGAACUUGAUGUCGAUCAUCUCUGUUCCGAGCUUCGCAUGAAGGCCCGGUGUUCUGAGGGCGGUGUCGUCGUCAACCAGCAGGACGUGGACGACAUCAUGGGACGGGCGAAGUAG